GCGCGCAGAGGAAAGAUGAAGUGAGAUCUGGUCUUGACACGAGGGAUUUAUUAAUUGAAGGAUUAUAUAUUUCAGAUAGAAAUCAGUGUUCAAACUCGAGAUCUUUUUUCACAAGAAACGCAGCCAUGUUUCCGGAAAUAGACAAUCACAAAGGAAAGGUGGCAGAAAAAAGUCCCAUUAAAAAGAUGAUCCUGCUGGCGAAAGAUUAUGUUCAUUACCUGAAGCGUUACAGCAAAGCAGUAGCAGAUGGCAAAGAUUUCGAUGCAGUAAUCACAACCACGGAUAAAAAUCUUGCAGAUACUCCGAAGUGUUCGCAGUUACUAUCGUCACUGAAGGACGAUCUGCGAUGCGCCACCACCAUCUUCACUGAAGAUUUUAUUGGGGCUGGUGGCGUUGAAUGUCUUCUUGAAAUACUAAGAGUAUGCCAAGCUCGACAAAACGAUUCCAAAGCAGUAAAAGGCCGGCAACAGCAAACUGUGCUCCGAAAAAUAUCGAGUAACCAGUAUGAUUGUUUGCUGUGUUUGAAAUAUGCUAUGCAAAAUCCGAAAUCUGUAAUUCGUGUGACAGAAGAUGCUCACGGGCUGUCGAGCAUCUCUUCUUGUUUCAUGUGUACUUACCCCAAGUCUAGAAUUCUUGCGUUACAGCUGCUGGUGCGUGUUUUGGAGUUGUCUGGUCGUGGUCAUGCACUGAUUCUCGAGGCGCUGACAGCAAUCCGCGUUGUCUUUGGAGAGCCAGUGAGAUUCAAAUUUCUUGUCGGACUGCUGCAGGGAAGUAUAGCAUCUCCACCCGCAUUUCAGACGGCUGCAUUGAAGUUCCUGAACACUCUUCUGAAAACUAGUCCGAGGCCUGCAGAUAGAAUCCGUUUACAAUGCGAACUAGAAGAAGCUGGAUUGGAUAUGGCAGCAUUAGAAACGGAACUACGAGCACGCUGCAUUCCCUGCACAGACUCAGUAUGGAAGGAAACUGAAACAUGGAAGAAAACCUAUCUCGACAUGGAACACGUUACGGGAGGCAAACAAAACUUGGAGUCUGAAAACGAGCGACUGCAGAAAGAAGUGCAACUUUUGAGGCAGGCGCUUCAAAAACUAGAAGAAGAUAAAAUUAAUUUGAUGCAGAUCGAACUGGAACUGAAAGAGAAAUGUGAAGAUCUAAAUGAAGAGGUAACUACUUUGAAGACUGAAAUGAUAAAACCAAAACCAGUUGCAGAAAUGAACCAAGUGAAUGUUUUAGACAUGAAAACAAACUUAUUUAACGAUGAUGACGAUCCAUUCCUCUCCGGAGAUACUGGUCAACUAGGAACUGAAGAAAUUUUCAUUGACGUUCCGACCAUUCGCCCGCCUGUUGGAUUCCGGUCUGACAAUUCUUGCUAUGAAGAAAGCACUUCGCCAAACCUGAGCAGCAAAUCAACUUCUUCCAACAAUUCCAAUCCUCUGCUACAGAAAAACCUUUACACAAAGACAGCAUCAUCGACAUCGACUGGUUUCGGGUCCAAGACAUCCAACUCCGAUAAAGACUCGGCGGAUUCAGCACUCAGUGAAUCUGAGUCGGACAGUGGAAUCAACUGGAGUUACCCCGAUAUCCCAAUUCCACCAAGUGACAAGCGUGUCAGUCGAGCAUGUGCUAAACUCAUCGAAGACAAGAAGAAUGGUUCUGCUUUUCGUUAUCCAGGUGCCAACUCCGGUCGCAAAAUUGGACAAAGAAGUCGAUCUGAAGAUCGCAGGGAAACUAACGAAGUCAGAACACGUAGGCAGCUGGAAGGAGAAACCAAAGUUGUCGACUCUUCAAAUUUCUUCUUAGUGCGACGUGCUGUAGAUCAUGAUACAGUAUCAAGACAGUUGUCAUUGCCAACAAACGAUCCCACCAGCAAAGUUUCAAAGUAUCCUGGGGGGAGACCGCCAGCCAUUGUAUCUUCCUAUCAAAUGCCAGUAGCUUAUAGGAGUAAUUUUUUAGUAAGAGGACACAGCAACUGCGAUUUAUAUUCAGGGGUCAGUACUGAAAAACUGGACAAAAUACCACCAAUACCACCACCCGACUAUACGAGAGGCGUUUCUGUAGCCACUAGUGGUGGUACAAUUAGUGCACUCGUACAUCGAGAAAUUACGAAAGCUGUAAAGCAGAUUAGUGGAUGGAUAUGAUGCAAUCAAAGUUACUUUAGGACUCAAAUAGCUUUAUAAAACGAACAUACAUUUUAUAAAACGUUGUUUGAAUUUCAAUUUUGUAAAUUUGUAGUUUUAAGACUUAGUAUUUAUUGAUGAAAUAUUUCGUAGCAGAAAAAAAAUGCAUAUUAGUGACUGAGAACUUUGAAAUAUCCACCACAUUAAAAGGUUAUACUUUUCUGUGCUAUGAACAUAAAGAAAUGAUUAAUGAAGAAUGGAAUCAUAAGUAUCAAACUGACUGACAUUCAUGAUCCUUAAAACCGUUGUAUGUGAAUGUGUUCCUCAAAUGAACAAAUAUUUUUCAUCAAGACUCUCUUACUCUAGUUGAGAAUCAUGUAAUUGUUCAUUAUGUGUUCUCUUAACAUGGAUAUGGAGUUUUUAUCCAUCAUGAUCAUUUUUAUUUCUUGUUAGCAUGUCAAAAAUGAAUCAACUGAAGAGUGAUUUUAAACUUAAAUUCAAUAUUUAUGG